AUGUUGACUAAAAGUGUAAAAGGGGACUAAUUGCAUUAAACAAUCACUACAAUAAAUUACAGAUCGAUAAUAAAUUCAGAGAAGAGAUAAGGCGAUAUCCCUCAAUACAUGAAUGGAAAAUGCAAAAUAAAACUUCGCAAAGAAAAAAAUUAUUUGCCUUACUUGAACAUAAGAGAACCCUCUCUACCGACAUUGAAAUCACCUGCUAAUAAACAAUAACAGCUAAACAGCAUGAGUUGGAUAUCAUUAAUUUAAGUCUAAAAUAGACCCAGAGAUAAGUCGAUCUCUAUUGCCAAUGAAACCUAUUUUCAAAGAACCAGAUAGGCUAGUUUUUUAGAUAAUCUCCUUAAAUAACUAAAUAAAAAUAAAAGAUAAUCUUGAAUUUUGAUUAUUACAUAUGACUUCGUAAAAUAGUGUUUCUGUU